AUGGAAGCUGCCGCUGCGCUCGUUAGUUUUGUCGGCUUAGCAGGCCCCGUUGCGCAAGGUCUGAAGUUCUUAUAUGACCUCACGACCGACAUGAAGGACUGCCCGAAAGAUAUUCGUGAGAUGAAGACGGACCUUGAACUAGUAGAAGAGUUGAUCACGCAAGUCAUUCGGCAGUGCAACGAGCGUGAUGUGCGACUUCGAGAAAGCACAGAAUUGGCACGCGCAAUUGGCCACGCUCAGGACAGCGUCGAAGAACUCAAGAAGGAAGUGGCUGCAUAUCUUGUGAUUGGAAAACGUAAGCGGUUCAGGUUCGCAGUCAGGCUUAGCCAAACGCAAAAGCUGAGGGGAAGCUUGGAUAGGACUAAGACCAUCAUGUUUGAGUUCAAAAAUCAGCUACAAAGCGACCUGCUAUAUGACAUCCGUGAUAUGAAUCAAGAGGUCCUCAGAUCAGUAAAACAGACAAGCAGAAAUCUGGAAACAUACGACACAAACGUUCACAGGGUAAUGGAAAACUCUGAGGUCCAAGCUGAAACCGCGAAAGAUUCCAGGGGUGGAGAGCCCUUUGCACAAUUAGCAAGCGAUAACUCCUUUGAAGGUCUGACAGACAUUGGAAUUGUCGCGAAGAAGCUCGAACAUAUCACGGAAUUGUUGACGGAAACAAAGAUAUCGUCUUCAACAACUUCGUCACCAUCAACGCCUGGAUUGUCAUGCGAAUCGAGUAAUAUCUCUGUCAUGAAUGCGUCUCAGGAAACUACUGCCGGUAGUAUUUUGAGCUCGCAAAGCAUUGCGCCAUCAGAAUUCCGAAAUACUCAGCAAGCGAACAUCGCUUCAAAAUACCCCCUUCUACAAUUCAGAAACAACCAGUUCCAAUUCUUGAUCGCGACCAUCUUCACCCAGCGCGCCGAAAACAAACAACAACUCGCUUGCCAACGCGCCUCAGAAUACACCUUGGAUAAGACACUGCUAGGUUAUAUUGAGCAACUGAAAAUAGAGGCAGGGAUGAACUGA